UGGGGAAGAAAGAAGCUUGGCGGUGAUGAUAUCUAACACAACUUUAGCAGAUUUUCCUGAUUCUCCAUUCUACUACAAUGGCCGCUUCUGCUUCUCAUUUCCUUCACCCUCUUAAUCAAAUACAAUUCCCCAAAUGCCCUCACCUUUUUACUAAAUCCCACUUUCACCCUCGCCUUCUCCGCUCUCAAACCCAAAGGUUCAAUAUCCGUGCCACCUCUGCUGUUGUUGUGGACUCUCCGUUGGAUUUAAGUACGAAGAAGGAUCAGGGAACACAAGUUGACUUAUUCGCAUGCCCGAUAUGUUACGAACCAUUGAUAAGAAAAGGUCCCAUUGGCCUGAACUUGCCAGCAAUAUACAGAUCUGGUUUCAAGUGUAAGAGAUGUCAAAAAUCGUACACUAGCAAAGACGGAUAUCUGGAUCUGACAGUGACUUCUGGGUUGAGAGAUUAUGUAGAAGUUCAACCAAAUCGGACAGAACUUUUUAGGAGUCCCCUUGUUUCAUUCCUAUAUGAAAGAGGUUGGCGUCAAAAUUUCAGGCAAAGUGGCUUUCCUGGUCCUGAUGAAGAGUUCAGAAUGGCUCAAGAGUACUUUGAGCCUGCUAAAGGUGGUCGGAUUGUCGAUGUUAGCUGUGGAAGUGGUCUAUUUUCCCGAAAAUUUGCCAAAUCUGGAACCUACUCUGGAGUAAUUGCUCUAGAUUUUUCUGAAAAUAUGCUCCGUCAAUGCUACGAUUUCAUUAAGAAAGAUGACACACUAUCAACCACUAAUCUUGCCCUUGUAAGAGCAGAUGUUUCUAGGCUUCCCUUUGAAUCAGGUUCAGUUGAUGCGGUUCAUGCUGGUGCUGCUUUGCAUUGCUGGCCAUCUCCCUCCAAUGCUGUUGCCGAAAUCACCCGUGUACUAAGAAGUGGUGGGGUAUUUGUUGGAACCACUUUUCUUCGUUACACUUCAUCAACUUCCUGGGUUGCACGCCUGUUCAGAGAGAGGUCUUCUCUAGGCUAUGGCUACUUAACAGAAGAAGAAAUCAAAGACCUUUGCACUUCAUGUGGUCUUACAAAUUAUUCAUGCAAAAUUCAGAAGUCUUUUAUUAUGUUUACGGCUCAAAAGCCAUAAAACCAAAUUUGAUCCAUAUGUAACAUUGAUUCUCGUACAUUAUGUUAUUUAAAUCCGUAUUUGUUGUUUUAUUUGUUUCAUCUGUAAAGAAUUUGUAAAUAUGCCAGAAAUGAAAAGGUGAAAACUGGAGUGUCUUGUAAAGGUUCACA